UGACACCAAAUAAUCUUGCGAACCACGGAGUAAUAGCGAUUCAGGCACCCACCGUUCACUCUUGGGAGAAAUCCAAGCCAGGAUGUAGCGGAAGGGGGCCAUCAACAUUUUCAUGUUGAAAAGAUGAAGCGAUUCAGCCUUGGUUGCUGGUUUGUUUUGUGCUCUGACCAAGCGAUCAGAGGUGUGGGUGAAGGUGAAUGGUGUGGGGUGGGAAGGGCAGGAAGCGCCGGGAUGGAUCGUUCGUUCCAGAUUGUGGGGUUGAAGAGUUCAGCGACUUGUCGCUGAGACUUUCUUGUUGAACGGAAGGAAGACCGUCACAUACGUCCAAGGUUUGAACGAUAUUGACUUAUCCUGAAAACCGCCACGCGUCCUUGCGACAAAACGCAACAUAAGACUGUGCUGGAUCAACAGGAUCAUCGAUGAUGAUCGUUACCGACCCUCAAUCGUGCUACUGCCAUCAUGCAUCAUCGUGAUUGCACUGCCCCACCACGACAUAUGUACCACAACCGAUCGUUGCCGGUCAAAAUCGUGCUUCGCUGAUAACCAACGUUCCCUGUUUCUCCCCUCUGUGCCAAUGGUGCCGUGGUCCUCUUCGCCAGGUUCCCCAGGACUACCAUACUGCAAGCUACUUUUCUAGCAAACACGACUUAUCUCCGUAGUUUGCUGGCUUCCUCGUUCCACGAUUCCAUGCAUAUCUCCACCCCCUGCUAAUAACACUACUCUGUGCGCUCGGCAUCCGUCCUUCCGCCUGCGUAAACUCCUUGCACGCUGCGUCCCUUCGGAAGAAGUGGCUUGUGUUCCCUCGACAAUCUGCGAAUCAGCGGGUGUAGUCUAUAAUGUAAAACCCGGAAGGAUUUGCACCCGUCUUUAGGGCUUGCUGGCGAGAGCUGUGCUAGCCUGGGUCCUGGGUCCUUCCCCCUUCCUCGGCGAUAGGCAACAAAAUCAUUGCUGUGCU